GGAAACGGUACAAGGCCUAAUCUUUGCCCCACGGUGGGGGCCAAAGGCACCUAGUAGCGGGGUUCAACGUUCAUUCCAGGCCUUGGUUGCCUUGGUAUAGCUCAUCCAUCAGCUUGCCCCCCCAAAAAAACACUCACUCACUAAUCUCUGGUCCGUUUGUUACACUCCUUUUCCAACUCAACUCAACUCAACCCUGCCUUACUAAACUGAGCUUCCUCUGCCUAUUUGCUAUUUGUUACCAAGGCCUUUGCAUAUCUACCUAGUAGGUAUUGGCUUUCCUUAUCUGGUAUUCAACUCUUGAAUAUAACUUUUCUAUUUUCUUUGAGCCGGGUGGAAGGAAGAAGCUACACCUACUGCUUCGCUUAAUAGCUUCGCCUCGUUUGUCCUACCUAUCAAAUCUCCAUCUAUCUCCCACUAGGUACCUAUCUAGCUACGUAGUCAGUCACUUUGGACUCAAGUUGCGAGGCUCUCGAGAGUACAAGUAGAGCGUGUCACCGCCUCGCAAAAUAUCGAGAAGCAUAUAGUCCCUUACCUCAACCUUCCUCGAGCUUAAAGCAAACUGCCUACAACCAACACAAUGGCAUCCGACAAAGACCCCAUCACAUGUCACGUCCUGGAUACUUCCGUGGGCAAGCCUGCCAAGGCCAUCCGCGUGAAAUUAGAAGGCGGUCAUGCCCCUCUCAAGACUUUCGAAUCUACAACCGAUGACGAUGGCCGCAUCAAGGCCUGGCUACCCUACUCAAGCAUCCAUUCCUCCGGAGAUGUACCCACCUACAGCCUAGAAGACGUGCUGAGUGAGGUCGAAGAUAAGUCAACUUGGACCCUACGAUUCGACACCGGAAGCUAUUUUGGCGAGGCGAACACUUUCUUCCCCGAGGUGUCGGUCACCUUCACCGUCGUAAAAGGCCAGCACUAUCAUGUACCCUUACUUCUGUCGCCAUACAGCUACACGACCUACAGAGGAAGCUGAUUGGUCCAUCAAGGGCCAACGGAUUGGAUCAUAUAUGAGACUAUCAAGAGAGACCAUAGUACCCGAAAGCUCACCUACCUAUUUACACCAUCUUACGUUGGCUAGUUUCAUUUAAGAUAGACUUUACGAAAUUUGUUGACGGUAAAUUAUCAUACCUAUAGUACAGGAUCAGACAUAGGACUCUUCACAUAGGGGGGAAACGUUCGCUAUAGACCCGGUCUGCCUAAGCUUACGACCAAAUGAAAUCAAACCAUAAAAUAUUCGCCAAUUUGAAAACAUUUAUAUUCACUUCCUUUCCCAGCCCACUGCGCAGUAGUAAUGCUUCUUAAUUUGACUGGUGAUGUGUUGAUUUCCCAUGUUACUGAAUGCUGAUAUGUUGACAGCUGUUGUUAUCCACAUUGCUAGAGUUGAAAGGGGCAAAAUGUAUCAAAAUAUCCCAAUACCUUAUUAUUCAGUCUCAUAUCAACCUACAUACCCC